UGUAAACAUUUAUUUAUAUUAUAUUUUACGCUUUAUGUCUCCAAUAGUAAAAAGUCACGUACACAAAAAAUAAUCUCAAUCAGUUGAUUUUAAUUUAUUAAAAAUUAAUUUUCAACAAAAAUGUGGAGAUUUUUGUUAAAAAUUUUUAUUGUAAGCAUUUUAAUCCGGCUAGUAAAUUCUAGAAUAGUUACAAUUGUAAGGACGAAUAAAGGACGUGUGUUCGGCAGAGCUUUGCUGACUGUUCAAUCGGGUAAAGAGUACGUCGCUUUCAAAGGCAUACCGUACGCUAAACCGCCAACCGGCCGCCGCAGAUUCAAGCCACCAGAAGAGCCUGAUAGUUGGGAGCCGACACUUUUGCGAGCUUUAACGGAUCCAAAUCCUUGCCCGCAGUUUGAUAUUAACACGCUGAGAACUAUCGGGUAUGAACAUUGUCUGUUUUUGAACGUGUAUACGCCUCGGGUUCGAUCAUAUGACAUUCGAUUGCGAGCAGUGAUGGUCUGGAUCCACUUCGGCGCCUUCAUAUCCGGCUCGAUUGACAGCAACUUCUACGGGCCUGAUUUUCUGAUCGAAAAGGACGUAGUAGUAGUCGCGAUGAACUAUCGAUUAGGAGCCUUAGGCUUUCUUUCCCUAAACCACGCGAAUUGCACGGGGAACGCUGGACUAAAAGACCAACUUUUAGCGCUUAAAUGGGUCCAGAAGAACAUAAAGAGUUUCGGCGGAAACCCGCGAAAAGUGACGAUUUUCGGGGAAAGUUCUGGAGCAGUAUCUGUUCAACUUCACAAAUUAUCAGGUGCUUCGAAAGGAUUAUUCCGGGCGUCGAUAGCAAUGAGCGGCUCGCCACUCAAUUCAUGGGGUUUUUCUUCCUCGAGGGAAGCUGAAAGCGACGCUUUUAGUUUGGGACGUAAACUUGAAAUUAAUACUGUUGAUAAAGACGUGUUGCUUGAGAAACUUUAUCAGAAAACUUCUGAAGAUAUUGUGAGCGCCACUAAUUGGCUCAUUCCCGACCUGAUGAUCUUCAAUAAAAGCCUGCCGUUACCGUUUAAGCCGACGGUCGAGAUUCCAGUGAGUUCUAAUGGAAGUUAUUUUAUUACCGAAUGUCCUAUUAAGAAGUAUAGGGAAAGAAAAUUUCACCAAGGGCCACAAAUUAUAGGAUUUACCAGUGAUGAAGCUUUAUCCUUUACUAGACGUAAAAUUUUUCUAGCCGUGGGAAUACUGUUUCAAAUAAUCGGCCAGCAAUUAACUGACAAUCUUCUUCAACCGGCAUCAGAUUUGAGUUUCAUAGCCGGAAUAGACCUCACACAAAGAUAUCUAACAGCUUUCGGUAAAGCUCCGAUUUAUUACUACCGUAAUUCCUUUGAUUACGAUCAGUCGUUGCACAAAAUCGAAGGCAACAACAAUUUGUCGGGCACUGGACAUGCAGAUGAUGUCGCCCAUAUUUUUUACAUGCGUUCUAAACGCCAGCCGGUUGGUUAUUGGAGCGAUAUUGGGAUGCAUCGGGAAAAAAUGGUCACAAUGUGGACGAAUUUUGCUAAAUAUUUAAACCCAACGCCUAAGGGGAAAGUUGAUCCACUUUUGAAGAUAAAAUGGUGGCCGUCGGGAAAAAAAGGUCUUAAUCUUGAGAUAGGGAAAGUUUGGAAAUUGCAAAAAAGACCUGUUAACAAAAGAAUCCUCGAUAAGGAACGAGAAUUAAAUCAAUGUUGA